ACGUUAUCUAGCCGUAAGGCUGCGUUUACUGGCCAGUCCGCCAUCGGAGGCGCCCGAGAGAGGCUGUGACACCUUGCAGUCACUUCGUCGACGGUAAUUGUUACGUGUUUGAAAAAUAAAAACAAAUCAAAAUGUCAAGCAACAUGUCUGUAAGAGAAUUCUACAAGGGCAAGAACGUCCUGGUCACCGGUGGUACAGGAUUUAUGGGCAAGGUGCUCAUUGAGAAGCUCCUCUAUUCGAUUCCUGACAUCGGCAACAUUUACGUGCUGAUGAGGCCCAAGAGAGGCAAGUCUGUAGCCCAGAGACUCGAGGAUAUGCAACGACUGCCGAUGUUCGACCGUAUUCGCAACGAAUGUCCAAAUGUUAUGAAGAAGCUGAAGGCUUUGCAAGGCGACGUGUUAUUCGAGGAUUUCGGAUUAUCCGACUCUGUUAUAGAGCAGCUUGCCAACGAAGUACAUAUUAUCUUCCAUUUCGCUGCCACCUUGAGGCUUGAGGCUCCCCUGAAGGACAACGUUAACAUGAAUACCACGGGCACCCUCAGAACAUUGAAAGUAGCCAAACGAAUGAAGAAUCUAGUCAUUUUCGUCCACCUUUCUACCGCUUUCUGCUAUCCGGACUACCAAUCGUUAGGAGAAAGGAUACAUGCUCCUCCCGCUAAGCCCGAAGACGUGAUGAGACUGAUCGAAUGGAUGGACGACAAGCAACUGCGGGUGGUCACGCCGUCUCUACUGGGCGCUCAUCCGAACUGCUACACCUACUCCAAACGCUUGGCCGAGAGGAUCGUGGAGGAAGCAUAUGGGGAAUUACCCGUGGUGAUUGCACGUCCUAGUAUCGUGUGUCCAUCGUUUAAGGAGCCUGUAACGGGUUGGGUGGACAACCUCAAUGGCCCUGUGGGUCUUAUGUUGGGUGCGGGCAAGGGAGUGAUUCGUACCAUGCUGUGUGAUGGCUCUCUUACCGCACAGGUCAUCCCCGUGGACACGGCUAUAAAUGCGAUCAUCGCUCUGGCCAAGAUUGAAGCCACCAAGCCAGAAAAGAGCGAAGUUAUCCCGAUAUACAACCUGAACGCCGGCCACCAGAAGCCCACGACCUGGGGCGAAGUCCUGGACGUGGCCAAGGUGUACGGACGCCAAUACCCUCUUGAAUGGCCCCUGUGGUACCCUAACGGGGACAUCACCACAAACAAAGUAGCCCAUGAAAUAAAACGUGUCUUAUUCCACCUGCUGCCGGCAUACUUCAUUGAUCUGCUGCUUCUGUUACUGGGACAAAAGCGAUUCAUGGUAAGAAUCCAAGACAGGAUAAGCCAAGGUCUUGAAGUCUUGCAGUACUUCACGAUGCGUCCCUGGACCUUCCCCUGUCAGAACUUCGACAAGAUACCUUCGUACCUCGAUGAGGAAGAAAAUGAAAUAUUCAUCACUGACCUGAGGCAUGGCGACCGAGACGACUACAUGAAGAAAUGUGUCGAAGGCGGCCGUAUUUACUGUUUGAAAGAGGAUCCCAACAAAAUCCCAAUGAACAGGACCCACCACAAUAUCCUGUUCGUCUUGGACUGCAUCGUGAAAUUCUUCUUUUGGUUGCUUGUGCUGUCAUUCCUGGCGUCCUGGUUUGAGCCCGUCAAGACCGUUUUCUCUUAUGGCGCACCCAUUGUCAAGCACUUGCCAUUCCUGGGAUCCACCGUGUUUCCCAACCAAGAUAAUUAAAUAAUAAAGGGAGAGAAUCAUAGACAAGACUAACAACAACAGACACAUACUUAUGAAAUUAAUCACGGAAGUGGCAAACAUUUAAUUCCGAUUUUUACCCACCACUUUGUUUUACAACCAAUGAUUUCAAAAGUGUAUAAAGUACGCAGUAAUAUAUAUGUCAAUGCUCAUACGCAAGGUCAAUUUGCGUAGAUAUAAUUCGUGACAGUUUCAAUUCUCAUAAUAGCCAAAAAUGUUUUCCGUUUUUAGAAUCUUCCGUAAUUAUUUUCAAAAAAAUCACGAUAAUCUUAUGAUAACACUCUUCAGUCUGCCCCUUUAGGCACUAAAGGUAGAGUUGGUGUUUGUUGACACUGUCCUUAACUUUGAAAACAUCUCAACGCACAGAGAUCUAAAUAAUUGAUUUCUGUUUCAACAACACUGAUUUGACAAUAAUACCAAUCUUAGUUAAUGGUAUCUACAAAUAAGAUGAGAUAAAAAAAUAAGAAUGAGUGAAUCAGUGUCAACCAAACUAUACCUACCUUUAAUUACCUGAAAAAUUAUACGAAUAUACGAGUAGAUACAAUAAUACCGCUUUAAAUUUAGGAAUUUAUAAGCAACCUUAUGCAGUAAAAAAUCGGCGUUUGUUUCGGUUUUAUAUUUAAAUUCAAAUAUCUGAAAAACUGCUAUUAUAAUUUAGUAAGAAUUUACAUAAAAUUAUUACAUACUUACCUACACGAAUUUAAAUAUUUUAUUGGUCGUAUCAUAACUAUUCCUAUAACAUCAGAUUUAAGAUUUGUGACGAAAAAUCUGUUAUAACUUACAAAUUUAUUAAAUGUACACUUAAGCAUAAAGAAGUACAAAUUUACAAAUCAUUAAUGAUAACACUGAAUACCUCCAAAUGCGUAGGUGAUAGCAAAGUAACGGUUACUAGUCACACCAUGUAAUAUUUUAAGCAAACGCCUGUCUACGUUUCUGUAUCGGUCAAAUAGAUUUAUAUGCUUUAUAUUUUUUUAUAUA